CGGGGCGCGGGGAUGGAGCCGUGGGCGCUGCGGCGGCUCUGGCUGCUUUGCUGCUGCGUCUGCUGCUGCGGCCGCGGUGCGGACCCCCGCGCCCCCUUCAAGGCGACGGAGCCGCGGAGCCGCGAGCGACAGGCAGCAGCCUUCCGGGAAAGUCUGCAUAGACAUCGAUACUUGAAUUCUGUAUUCCCUGGUGAAAACUCCAGUGCCAUCUAUGGGAUAAAUCAGUUUUCUUAUUUGUUUCCGGAAGAGUUUAAAGCUAUUUAUUUAAGAAGCAAACCUUCCAGAUCGCCCAGAUACCGAGCAGAAGUGCAAACAUCCAUACCCAACAUGUCUUUACCAUUAAGAUUCGACUGGCGGGACAAGCGUGUUGUAACACAAGUGAGAAACCAGCAGACCUGUGGGGGAUGCUGGGCCUUCAGCGUGGUGGGUGCUGUGGAAUCUGCAUUUGCAAUAAAAGGGAAGCCUCUGGAAGACCUAAGUGUUCAGCAGGUCAUUGAUUGUUCAUAUAAUAAUUACGGCUGCAAUGGAGGGUCCACACUCAAUGCUUUGGACUGGUUGAAUAAGACGCAUGUAAAACUGGUGAGAGAUUCAGAGUACCCAUUCAAAGCACAAAAUGGCCUGUGCUAUUACUUUUCUGAUGCACAUUCUGGAUUUUCAAUCAAAGAUUAUUCUGCAUAUGACUUCAGUGAUCAAGAAGAUGAAAUGGCAAAAGCACUUGUUACCCUUGGCCCAUUGGUUGUGGUAGUAGAUGCAGUGAGCUGGCAAGACUAUUUGGGAGGCAUAAUACAGCACCAUUGCUCUAGUGGAGAAGCAAAUCAUGCAGUCAUCAUAACCGGCUUUGAUAAAAUGGGAAGUACUCCAUAUUGGAUUGUACGGAACUCAUGGGGAAGCUCAUGGGGAGUAGAUGGCUAUGCCCAUGUUAAAAUGGGAGGCAAUAUUUGUGGUAUUGCAGAUUCUGUUUCUGCUGUAUUUGUGUGACUUCUUGGGCAGAUCAAGGGACAACUACAAAAAUGAAGGUUCAGAAUGGAACGGAGCUUAGAAAUUCAUUCUCAGCAUUAUUCGCCUUUAGGCCAUCAGCUCAGUGGCCUGGGAGUAAUCUGUGGAAGAGUUUCCUACUUUAUGAUAAAGGACAUGUUAAGAAUCUCUUCAAUUUGAAGAGGCUUUUAUCUGGUUUGAUUAUUGUUUUUGUUUGCUUGUUUUAAUGAUAUACUUCUAGUAGGAUUAAAGAAGGGUUAGGAAUUUCUUUUCCUUUGUAGAAUAGAAUCACUAGCCUUAGCUUACACUUAUAUACAAGAGGAAUCAGCCUAAGAGGGAUGUGCUUCUCACAAUUAUAUUCACAGCCCACUGAGAUGGAAUUUCUUAAGGAUUUUGAGAUGCCGAUUGCUUUACCUCCACAAAAGAUGCGCACCCUUUGAACUCUAGAAAGGUCACGUAGAAAGAAGCAAAGGACAAAGUCACUUUUUAAUAGAAAUAGAUUGAACUUGAAGGACUGAUAUGGCAGCCGUAUGGUAGGA